UCUCUCCCAAACCAGGAAGUGCUGUGUCCCACUGUCUCUUCAAAACAAAUCCAAGUGUCUCGUGUUUAAAACGUUUUAAAAACGGAAACAUUCUCUGUCCUCACCUGAAGUCACACUCGUCUUGAAAUGGAGGAGACAUUAUUCCAGCUGAAGUUCUCUGCCAAGCAGCUCGAGCGUCUGGCCAAAAAGGCGGAGAAGGAGUCCGAAAAAGAGCAGGCCAAAGUCAAGAAGGUCAGCAAACGUACAAACAAACAUACUCCUUCUCUUUUUGUCCAGGCUUUGCAGCAGAAGAAUGUGGACUGUGCCAGAGUCUACGCCGAGAACGCCAUCCGGAAAAAGAACGAAGGUCUCAACUGGCUGCGUAUGGCGUCGCGACUGGACGCCGUGGCCUCGAAGGUCCAGACGGCCGUCACCAUGAAGGGAGUGACCAAGAGCAUGGGUCAGGUGACCAAGGCCCUGGACAAAGCUCUGAGCUCCAUGGACCUCCAGAAGGUCUCAGCAGUCAUGGAUAAGUUUGAAAGUCAAGUGCAGAACCUAGACGUCCACACCUCGGUGAUGGAGGACUCCAUGAGCUCGGCCAUGACACUGACCACGCCUCAGGAGCAGGUCGACGACCUCAUCCAGCAGAUCGCCGAGCAGAACGGCCUGGAGGUGAUGGACCAGCUCAGCCAGCUGCCGGCCGGAGCUUCGUCACUGGGUCCGGAGAGUUCACGCAGCCAGGAGAAGGAGGACCAGCUGUCUCGACGGUUGGCUGCUCUAAGGCACUGAGGCAGCGACGGCAUCACACACAGCUGGGAGAUGAGAGUGUGUGUGUGUGUGUGUGUGAGGACUUAAUGAGGCUGUUGAUUACUGCUCUAUAAAUACACACACACACACACACACACUAGGCUACAAAUAGCACCUGAGAAGACAGGAAUCUCUCUCUGGUCUCUUCUCUUCUAUCGAUCGGUCUUUAUCUCCUGCUUUUAACCCCUCUGUGACCGUCCUGUCGUCACCGCGGGAACGAGCGUCCAAUCACAGUCGAGAUCCACCGUCUGUGACGUCAGCUUCUCAGUACUGUGAUUCCUGAACGGUUUUAAAACUUCCAGAUAACGAACGUCAACGUUAUCUCUGGAAAAAAGGAGCAGAAAAACUCACUCACUGAACAUUUGGAACAGAAAUAAAAUCUACACAAGUCCUCAUGAAGGUCAUGAGAGGGUUAAA